UCUGCAAUGAUUUCUAAUUACAUCUUUAACUAUUGCCCCCUAUUGAUUGUCUGUCCUGCAGACAUUGACUUUGCCACCAGGAAAAUUGCAGCUCACCUGAGCCAGACCAAGGUGAUUGUCCAGAACGGAGACAAAUUCGAGACCAAGACCCUAAGCACCUUCCGGAACUACGAAGUUAACUUUGUAGUAGGGGAGGAGUUUGAGGAGACCACUAAGGGCCUGGACAACAGAGUGGUCAAGACAUUGGUGACCUGGGAUGGAGACAAGCUGGUGUGUGUCCAGAAGGGAGAGAAGGAAAACCGUGGUUGGAAGCACUGGAUUGAGGGGGACCUACUGCACCAGGAAAUCACCUGUCAAGAUAAAGUCUGUCGCCAAGUAUUCAAGAAAAAACAAUAAAAACUGAUUUAGCACACAUUCAUCACCUGAUACUAAUGGAUUCAUUUGUUUGGGGCAUAAUGUGUUAUCUAUUUAUGAUGACAUUGUAUAUAUAUGUCCAAUAAAUACAUCAUCCAACUGUCAA